AUGUCAUCAAUAUCUUCAGCACGAUAUGGCAAGGAUAAUGUCCGCGUCUAUAAGGUAGAGAGAGAUGAGCAAACCGGAACUCAAACAGUCACAGAAAUGACUGUUUGUGUAUUACUGGAAGGUGCUAUCGAUGUAUCAUACACAAAAGCCGACAACAGUGUUGUGGUUGCAACCGAUUCCAUGAAGAAUACAGUCUAUAUCAAAGCCAAGGAACAUCCAGUUACUCCACCUGAGCUUUUUGCUAGCAUUCUUGGAACUCACUUUAUCGAUACCUACCCUCAUCUUACCGCAGCCAACAUCAAAAUCAUCACUCACAGAUGGACACGAAUGACUAUUGAUGGCAAACCGCACCCGCAUUCAUUCUACAGGGAUGGAAACGAAACACGAAAUGUUGAAGCUGUUAUCAAGAGAGGAAAGGGCAUCGAUAUCCGUAGUGGAAUUGUUGGGCUUUUAGUUUUAAAGAGUACUGGUUCGCAAUUCCACGGAUUUGUUAGAGACGAGUAUACUACGCUCCCCGAGGUUUGGGAUAGAAUUUUGUCGACUGAUGUUGACUGUGGCUGGGCUUGGAAAACAUUCGCUGGAUUGGACGCUGUUAAAGAGGCCAUUCCCAAAUUUGAUAAAGCAUUUGAUGAUGCUAGAAAUAUCACCAUGAAGACAUUCGCUGAGGAGAACAGUCCAUCUGUACAAAACACUAUGUACAAGAUGUGCAAUUCUAUUUUAGAGACUGUCCCAGAAGUCGAGGCUGUGGAUUAUUCUUUACCCAACAAGCAUUAUUUCGAAGUCGAUCUCAGCUGGCAUAAGGGUCUCAAGAACACCGGCAAGGAUGCAGAAGUUUAUGCUCCUCAAUCCGGACCAAAUGGACUUAUCAAUGUCACCGUCACCAGAUCCCCCGCCUCGCCAAAACUAUAG